UCUGUUUGUUUGUUAGUGGAAGACUUGACAAUUCAAUCAUUAAAAUGGCCAAAGCAAAGGGUCGCGCAAAGCAGUUUCAGAACUUGGACGAGCCUAUCGCCAAGGACUACGAUCCCGAGGCCAAUGUCGAAGUUAGUGAGGAUGGCAGCGGUAGCGAAGAGAGCGAGGAUGAGAACGCGGGUACCGAGCACUAUGUUUCCGUGGGAAAGAGUAAAUUGAGGAAACAAGAGGGCCUGUCACUUGGCCCCCAGUACCGAGGCUCUCGAGUCUCGCGAGAUGCGCUCGAGGAAGAGAGCGAGUCUGAGGACGAAAAUGAGGACGAGGAGUCGGGUGACGAGGAAUUCGACGAUCCUGAGACCGCGGAUCUAGCACGCGACGAGGCUGAAGCCAACGACUCAGAAAUCGAGAGUGACGACGCCCUUGGCGAAAGCGACGAGGAGCGCUUCAAGGAAUUUACUUUCCGAGGAAGCUCCAAGCCCAAAAAGCCCGUUAACAAGCGAGCUACUGCUGCUGACUACAUGUCUUCUUCCGAUGAAGGUGGCGCUGGUGUUGGCGAAGAUGAGGAUGACGAAUCCGAGUCUGAUGAGGACGACAUGGAAGAUGGCCUUGACGCUCUGGUCGAUGGUGAGGAAGUCUCCGACGACGAGUCGGAUGAGGAUGAGGAAGAAGAGGACGAUGACAGUGAAAGCGAUGACGAGACAUCAGAGGCGAAGGCUAAGAACGCAAAGCCUAUGAUGGCAGCUCUAUCAACCCGACCCGAUGUUGACAAGGGCUUGGCAAUCCGUCAGCAGCGCAAGGCCUAUGAUGGGCUCCUUAACAUUCGAAUUCGUCUACAGAAAGCCCUCAUUGCUGCCAACACCUUCGAUGCCCUCGACGCCAACCCCGAGCCCGAAUCGGAGCCCUACGAGGCUGCUGAAGAGGCAGCUAUCAAGCUCCUCAACACUAUCAGCAGCCUUAAGGAUAACUUUGGGCCGUCUCGAGCUGGCGAGAAGCGCAAGCGCGAAUUAGAUGUGUCUAUGACCACAAGCGAGAUCUGGGAGCAAUUACAAGAAGAGGAACAACGAUCUAUUCAAUCAAGGGAGGAUCGUCUUGAGAAGUGGUCUCGCAAGGUGCAAUCUGUUAAUGUCACAGCACCCAAGGGGCUCGAGUCGCGAAACAAGACCCUUGUCAGUGCCCUCAAGGAGCAGCUCAUUGAUCCCGAUAACCGCCUCGCCAAGCGCUCUCGCGUCCCUCGUUCGUGUGCCCCUGCGCAAGCUGCCAAGGGUGCAUCGGACGACAGCAACAUCUACGACGACGCCGACUUCUACCAGGUUCUCCUGAAGGAGCUUGUGGACCAGCGCACAGUGGAGGGCUCAUCGGGAGCUGGAGCUGGAGCUGCGGUUCCCACGGUCGUCCUCACAGCAGCCAAGGACGUCAAGUCACGAAAGAAUGUUGACCGUAAGGCCAGCAAGGGCCGUAAGAUGCGAUUCACAGUUCAUGAGAAGCUACAGAACUUCAUGGCGCCUGAGGACCGACGUGCGUGGGAGCAGAGUGCUAUUGACCGCUUCUUCGGCACGCUGUUUGGUCGCAAGAUGGAGCUGAACGAAGACGAGAGCGAGGAUGAUAUGGAUGUUGAUGUUGAGGAGGCAGGACUCCGGCUAUUUAGAAACUAGGGACAGACACGAAAAAGGUUGUAAUUGUAGGUCAUAGACUGUUGCUUAAGCAUUACCAAAAUACCAGGUACAAAGAAACAUGGUUAACAAAACAA